GCUUGGUGUCUGUUGGGGGUGUCAGUGCUGGGGUUAUUAGAGUUUGAUAGUGGCAAGUACAGGCGCGGCUGGGAGUCUUGUAACCUAACCUAACCUAACCUAACCUAACCUAACCUAACCUAACCUAACAUCUACUAUUAAGCGUGUUCCUUCAGUCUGACGUCCUCUGAUCUGGGCACCUUUCACUUCUCGGGUGUUGUAAAGUGACAGGCAGCACUGCGGAGGACUUGCAGUGAGACGACACGGUUAAAGUAGGUGGAAAAGAAUAGGGCGCGAGCAAACUUUUGGCCGAGAGUGUACUUUCAUUAACCUCCUUUUUUCGACCCUUAGUGACGAACAUCUAGCAGUCUGAAACGCGCUAUGUGAAAGCACGACCCCAAUUCAUCAGUUCGUUAUAAAGUUGUUCCCGAAAAAACGAUUUAAUACGGGCCCUCAAACUCUCAGUGGCUUGUAUUUUAUUUGUAGUGUGGUGGAGCAGCAGCCAGGAGAGACAAGAGUAUUGUGCACGCUGAGAAACGAAUCGAGUUUAAAUUUUUUGCGUGUUUGAUCUGGCAGUGCAAAAAAGCGAAGACACUCACCCACACACACCCAAGCAGGCAGUGGGUGACUCCGAAGGCAGUUCUGGUAAAGGAAUUCGCUCUUGCUGUCCAGAUGUUUAGACUGGAGGCUGUCAACUGUCCACGAAACCUGUACCGGAGGAUGCAGAAAACAAAGCGUGUGUUCGUGGUGCUGAUGGUGCUGGUGGUGGUGACAAUUGGUGUUUAUUUCCAGUCCACCCUGUCCUUCUCUCUGGUGCCCAUCAGACGCCUUCUACUUCAACAACAAGUACCAAUAACAACAACAACAACAACAACAACAGUUAAAACCCCAAUAAAACUGAAACAACUGUACCCCAAGCACCGUACCCACCUUGCAGAACCCCACUCAUCACCCCAACCCGCAAACGACCCCCAAACCAAAAACGAAGGAAAUUUAAUAACUUCACAAAAUAUUUCAAAAGUUUCCAUUCCAUCUUCUCUUCCCUCUAUCCCUCCCUUACCUUCGUGGCUCGGUGCUGGAAAGGUCACGCCUCAGUUUCCAUACCUCAAUCCCUCCCUGGAAGCUCUGCCUGGAACCCCCGAUGUUUUCCAGGACCUUCCAGUCAAUGCCACGGACAAGGACGGAAAAAAAUACAAGAUAAUUUUGUACUGGAAUGAAAUCUACGGAAACAAGCACUUUGGCUUUGGUUUCGGUCACAACCCUUUUAUUCUUGCCGGCUGCAGAGUCAACACCUGUCUCACCACGGGGGACAGGCACAGGUACCCGCUGGAGGAGGUGGAUGCCGUGUUGUGGCACCUCAGAUCCAACGACAAGUCCUUCCCGACGAAAAGGUACCCCAAGAACCAUUACGUAUUUUGGAUGAUGGAAUCUGCUUCCUAUCCCUUCGCUGACCUUAGGAAGUACAACAGGAAGUUUAAUUUGACUUUUACCUACAGAAGAGACGCUGAUGUUUACAAUCCGUAUGGGCGUCUCUUCCUGCGGCGCCACCCCCUCCCUCUCCCACCCGAGUCAGUUAAUUACGCCAAGGGAAAAACAAAGAUGGCCGCCUGGUUUGUUUCGAACUGUCACACAAUGUCUAAAAGGGAAAACUUUGUGGAUAGACUGAAGGCGUGGAUCGAAGUGGAUAUCUACGGGAGGUGCGGCCCUCUUAAAUGUGACCGAAGCAUCCACGGCCAAUGUCUAGGAAUGGUUGAGAAAGAUUACAAGUUUUAUUUUUCCUUUGAGAACUCCCUGUGUCAAGAUUACGUUACUGAGAAAUUCUUCGGUGCGUUGAGUAUCAACGUGAUUCCUGUCGUCUAUGGCCUUGGUAACUACUCAGCUAUUGCGCCCCCUCACUCCUACAUCGACGCCCUCGCCUUCCCAUCCCCCCGCGCCCUUGCUGAGUACCUCCAGUACCUCAACGCCAAUGACACCGCGUAUAAUGAGUAUUUCUGGUGGAAACCUUACUAUCACCAAACACACGACUGGGCGAAGAAAUCCAUGGCCUUCUGCGACCUGUGCGAACGACUCCACGACGACACCCCGAAGACCUACGACCUGAAGAAGUGGUUUAUAGAUGACUCCCACUGCUUCACCUCCUACGAAACGGCAACUGGAAGACAGAGAGUACGAAUAUCAAGAGCAGUCAUUUUGAAAGUGUGCAUUGGUCUUAUAGUUUUCUCCUACCUUGUGUGCUUAUCAUGUCUUGUCUAUGGUGUGUUUGGGUCUCAGUAAGUGUGUGUGUGUGUGUGUGUGUGUGUUUAUAGUUAAAAGAUGCGAGUAAGUGAUAUAUAUAUAUUUUUUUUUAAAGUAAGAGGGUUUUAUAAAAUUCAAUGUGUUUUUUUUAUAAGAAUGAUAAAAUGACGUCCAAUUAGUUGUUUUUUUUUUUUAAGUAGCAGAACUUAAAAAAAAAAGGGUCCAUUGCAGGAAGAUUAACCCGAAGUUAAAGGAGGAAGUGUAUUGAAACCUCCCUUUUUAAAAUAUGUAUAUGUAAUAGAGCUUAAAAAUAUUUUAGUACAGAACAGAGGCACAAGAAUUAACCCACCCCCCAAAAAAAAAAAAAAACAAAGUGAAAAAUAUCUUGUUUUAGGAAUCUUUAUGUAAAAAAAGUGAUAAAAAAAAAGUAAAGAAAAUAAAAUAACUAAAUAUGCCAGCACCAAAAUAACUAAUAAAAGAAAAUAAAAAAAACGUGAAGAAAAACCUCAGUUCGUCACAAGAAAGGAGGAAAUACAGAAGCAAAUAGCGAGUAAAAGAUGUACAGGUGUGUGUGUGUGUGUGUGUGUGUGUGUGUGUGUGUGUGUGUGUGUGUGUGUGUGUGUGUGUGUGUGUGUUAUCGUUGGGUAUCUCUUGUGUGUGUCUUAUCGUUGGGUAUCUCUUAACAGGAUUAAAAGGGCGUGCUGCGAGACCCAUGCUGCCCCUGGGACUUCCCACUCACACCUCCAUGACCCUCUUCGUCAGUAGCGUAUAUGUUUACGUUAUAUAUAUAUUUACUUAUUUAUUUAUUUAUUUAUUUGUUUAUUUAUUUAUUUCAUUAUUUAUACAUGCAUCAUUUAGAAAUUUGUUAGUGGUGGAAGGAAGAUAGACUGAUGUUGUUGUUGUUGUUGUUGUUUAUCAUCGUGGUGAGUGUUGAAGGAGGUGAUAAUAAGACAAAUAUGACACAGGUAAUGACUGCGUAGGUGUGUGCUAAAACAGGUGUGUGCUAAAACAGGUGUGCAAAUAGUUCCUAAUGACUUGACAGGUGUGAAAAUACAAUAAGACAACUGUGAAGAGAAUCAGUAGACAUAGUAGAGUUAAUUAAUUCACGCAUGUAAAUGUACAGGUAUGUUGAGUACAGGUGUGGACAGACAGGUGUGUUAUUUAAAGAAGUGACGCUUUUCAGGUGUCAAUUAAACGAAUCUUAAGGUGGCAGGUAAAUUGAUUAAGUCAUUUAAGGUGUGAAGAGAAGGAAAGGUGUGUGUGAAUGAUAAUUUAGUAGAUGUAAAGACGGUGAUGGUACACACACACACACACACACACACACACACACACACACACACACACACACACACACACACACACACACGCACUUCCAUACUUAAAUAUUUUUCAUUAUUUUGUAUGUUUGGAUCUAUUUUUAGGUUUUUGCACUGUUAUAAAGAUUUUUGUUGGAAAUAAAACUUGAAAUACUUGAAGAAA